ACAUAACCUCACUUGGCAUAUCGCGGCCUUGCUCGACCAUGGCAAAGCGUCUCCGCCGCCGUCUCUGCCGUUUGUUGCCGUCCCUUGGCGGAUUACUCUCCAAGAGUGACGGCGCCGUUCCUCGGCCGUUCGAUUCUGAUGCACCCGGCUUCGACCUCGGCUUUGACGUCGGUUACCCUUCCACUACUCUUCUCCGUGAAUCGCCUCUCGUCUCCCCUUCAUGCUGCUGCUGCUCCCGGCGACGAAGGCAUCCGGGAGGACUUGCCCUUUACCGCUGCCACGCGACGCCGGACUACCUCUGGCGGAAAGAGGAGAAGUGGUUGCACGUAAUGGCCUGCCCUGCUGCCGUCAGCGGCGGUGGCGGUGCCGACCUUCCCCCCGUUCCUCGACAGAAAAUUGACUCCGACGACGGUGUUUUCCCCCCGCUAGUACUCCGACGGGUGCGCCGGCGGAAAGUAGCGACGCGGAAGCCGCGGUUCCGGUCGAGGGCUGGAAGUGACUCCUCGGCGGACGAAGGAGACGCCGACGAGGACGAUGAGGACAGCGGAUGGUUCAGCAGCGGCGACGAAACGAGGCUGACGGCGUCGACAUCGGACGUGGGAUCCUCGGACAAAAUGCGGCGUCGGCGACAGCCGAAGAAAAGCCGCAGAGCAGUGAUGGCAACGAAGAGAUGCUUGUCAUCGACGAUGAGGCGGACGGCGGUCGGGACGCUGAUUCCCUUCGCCACGGCUGCGGUGAGAGAGAGUUUCGCGGUGGUUAAGUUGUCGAAGGAUCCGGAGGCAGACUUUAGGCGGUCGAUGGCGGAGAUGGUGGUGGAGAAGAAGAUCUACGACGCUCAAGGGCUGGAGCAACUUCUGUGCUGCUUCCUGUCGCUGAAUUUGCAGCGCCAUCAUGCUGCCAUUGCAGCAGCAUUCAAGGACAUAUGGGAUAUGCUAAUUCCGGUGCAGGAUGUCGGCAAUGGUGGUGGCUCGCAGUGAGAUUAAGGUAAACACUAGAAUUGGGAAAGUUGCAGGCAGCUAAGGAAUAGUAACACGCAUAGCGUCGCUGUGUAAGUACGUGUGGAAAUUAAGAGACUACGAUACUAGCUCCACUGUUGUGUUGUAGGAGUCGUAGUAGCUAGUGAAUCGUGCCAUAAAAGUAUUGGCGUGUGGUUUGGUCUGUGUGCCAUAAAACUGGUUUCAUCAAUUAUAUAUUUUAAGCAGACUCAAACAAAA